UCCAAUGUCCGACGAGGACGCUGCCGCUCCCGCCCCUCCUUCACCGGACUCCAUUCGCAAAGUUCAAUCGGCGAUCCAAUCUCUCUCCUCCAUCGAGCCCUCCAUCCCUACCUCCCUCUCUUCCUCCAACAACCCGGCCCUCUCUCUCCUCCAAGACCCCAAAGUCUCCUCCCGCAUCUCCGCCCUCCUCCGGGAACCCAACUCCGGCUCCGGCGACAACAACCUCUGCCGCUGGCUCUAUGACACCUUCCAAUCUACCGUCCCUGAACUUCAGCUCGUCGUCCUCCGCUUCCUUCCCGUCGUCGCCGGCAUCUACCUCUCCCGUAUCGUCCACCGGAAACCUCAGGCCGGUUUUGAGGCCGUCCUCUUAGCCCUCUAUGCUUCCGAAACCAACUCUCGCUCCGGCCAAGCCGUCACCGUCACGAUCCCUGACUUGUCCCAUUCAAGCGUCUAUCAUGAAUCCAAAUCCACCGUCAAGAACAAUGCCACCAACCUCGACCUCGCCGUCGUAUCACCCUCCCUCGAACCCCACGGCACCGUACGUUCCACCCGACGAGCAAGGAUCGUCGGCGUGGCAUUAGAGUUAUACUACAGCAAGAUUUCCCUGAUGCCAAUCAAGUCAAAAAUCGAACUUUGCGAGUUCUGCAAGAUCUGGGCUGGUCAAGACGGAGACAUGUACAAGGGGUUCGGGUCUGAGUCCGAACGUAAGCAGAUCGAUGACGAUGACGAAGAUGAAGACGAGGUGGUCGGAGACGGAGAAGAAGAACCGGAGAUCAUUGUAACAGAGGAAGAGAAGAGAAUGAAGAAGAAGGAAGGGAGGAUUCCUCUGCCAUGGGAAUUAUUACAACCAGUUUUAAGGAUUCUGGGACAUUGUUUGAUGGGUCCGAAUAAUUCUAAGGAGAAAGAACUAUUUGAUGCAGCGAGUGAUGCUUGUAGGUGUUUGUAUGCGAGGGCUAUGCAUGAUGUGAAUCCAAAGGCUAUUUUGGCGAUUGGAAGUUUGCUAAGGCUUCUGAAAAGGGUUGAGGAUAAUAAAUUUGAUGACUUUGAUGAUUACAGUGAUGUCAUUUCUCUUUGA